CCGUUAGUUUGUAUUUGAACUUCCGUCAGCGUGGAUGCGAAUUUUGAACGACUGGACCGUUGGAUGGUAGCCGCUGUUGUAAACCGUCGUUGUUGGAAAAAUCACAAGUUUUUUUUUCGCUUUUCCCGUGCUAGACGUGAAAUCUGAACGUUAUACUGACUGAUGUGUGUGGACCAUGCCAGUCUGAGGCGGUGUGGCAGCAUGUAGCACCACGAACCAACCUGGACUACCGUCGGUGACUGUUCCCGUUGGAUUCAGUGUUUGCUCUUGUGGGAUGUCGGAGAAAGCAGCGCUUUCUUAGUUGGUUCGCCUUUAGCAAAGUGUGAAGAAUAAUUGAAAAUUAAAGAGUCCUUAACCGAUUGAGAAGGAAAGCGUUAGGUGGCAAGGUUCGCCGUACGAACUCGAGUGGCUGUUAUUUUUUCUUCUAAGGUGUGUGUGCACAGUUUAACGAUACGGAAAAAAAACAGUUUGUUUUGAUUGGAGGUGAGCUUUGGAGGUGAAAAUUGUUUCCGUCUUGGUGACGAUUUUGAAAUGUGCUUUCUUGUUAUUGUAGCUACAUUGAAGAAAAUUUAAGUGGAAUCGUGAAUUCGCGUCGGAGAAAAAAGGGGUUAAUAGAUUUCCCACAAAUUCGAAAAACACGAAGGAAGGUUACAUCAAUAGAGAAGUAUGUGUAAACAUCCGGUACGAGUUGGAAGGGCGUACGAAAAGUGUUAACCGUUGUUGGGGGGGAAAACGAGGAUUACGUGAAAUAAAAUUACAAUACGGAUUAAGUGAUUAAACAAAGUGUUUUGGUAGCCAGCUCGGUCGAACGGUACACGGCAGCAGCAGAGCGAGAGGGUAACCCUUUCUGGUUUGGGCGUUUACUCAGUACUUUCCUCGAGAGGGGCGGUAAAACGCAGUUAAUGUGUUGCUUUCAUCGAUCCGUCAAGUGUUUUGCGGAGUACACUGUGCCGGUCAUUUAGUUCAUGUGCACGGUAUAAUCCUGUUGCUCAAAGUUUCCGACAGUACUUCAGUCCAAGUAACGACCACAGUGAGGAGGAGUAGGGGGAAUUGUUCGGCCGAAAAGAAACUCCCAUCGAACAAGUGGAACCUAAUCCUAAGAAUAAUAGGUACAGGGAAAAUUUCACCUGCUCGCAGGAACAGCCUGGCGCGAGCCUAUCAAAACAAUAUAAAACAAGCGCAAGAAACUGGCAGUGGCAGUGGCUGACUAAUGCUUCUGAUAGCAUCAUUAUCAACGGAUGGACAUUUUGGAGUAGGCGGUACAAAUCCUGCAGUGAGCAUCCGCAGCCAUUGAGGUGAAUAAUAUUGUUCGUAAUUACUUAAUGGUUCGCUGGAGUGAUGGUACUCACAAAUCAAGGGGAUGAUUCAUAACGACCUGCAAUCACGUCUUGAAGCAGCUGUGUGAAGAUCACGACCGAUGCAUGAUACAGCGUAACCGAAUUUGUCCGGACUGGUCGGAAAUGAAUGUGCGUUGGUAGCCAGCCAUCGACCCAUCAAUCGAAGCAAACCGAAACCGAAACAUUUCGGCACUGGCAAGGCGGUGAAGUCGAAGAUGAAAAAUUCAUGGAAAAAGUGUUGCAAGCGGAAAGCAUUGAGUGUUUUUCAUGAAUAAUUUGCUCGCGCACGGUGCGGAAAGUUAGCGGCGGUUUAGCUGUCGAUUGGCAUGAGCUUACCGGAGGUCGAAGAUUCGUUUGACUUUUGAACUGGUUUAGUGUUACGCGGAAAGUGAACUGUGUUUCUCAGUUUAUUUAUUUGCUUCCGUUUCGCGGGACUCGCUGGGAAGCGAAAGGAAAAAAAAAACGAACGAGCGAAAGAGCGAAGAUUCGUUCGGUGGUUUUUGCGUUGUGGAUUCAGAGUGAAAAUAAAAAGUGAACGAAAUCGAUUUCCGAUCGAGUCCGUGUUGAAAGGCAUUUAAAGUGGGAAACAAAAACUGAGAUAAAACAAAUCACGACCAUUAGUCGCGGCGGGGGAAGUUGCGCCCCUGGAAGGGUGCAGAUAAAAAGCUAGCGAAGCGGUAAAUUGCAAAAAGCAUUCCCGCUCCCGUGAAUUCCGUGAGCAGAUGCGGAAAGGUUGAAUCAAAAUAAAUACGAGGCCAUAAAUUUCGAGCGAAGAACUUUGAAAUCGGGUAGCAGCAAAAAAAAAUACACGCUUUCCUGAGAGGGAACAGAAAACCUUUCCCAUAAAUUAUCGAUUUCGAUAAACAAAUCAUAACCGUAAAAUGAGACUAGGACGGCUAGGUGGAAUGAAAAUUUACGACAGCGAUCGGGGGUGGGAAUUCGGUCGUGAAGAGCUUUUGAGCGAUCCGGGCCAAGCGGGUGGUGAUUCUUGCAUUGAUGAUGGCAGUGACGACAAUCCUAACGUCAGUACCAAUGGCGGAACAGGCACGACAUCGACGACGGGUGGAAGCCAGGAUGUAGCAACAGCCGAACUCACUCAAUCCGGCGGCAAUAGAACCGAUAAUGAUGCCAGUAGUCAAAGCCCGUUAUUCAUAGUCGGCCACCAGCUGCAGUCGUUUGCCACCAACACCACCACCACCACCACAAAAACCACCAACACUGCCACCAGCACGACGAUGGAAGAACACAACAGUAGAACAGUAGGCCAGCGGAAAAUCAGAUCCCGUCUGCACCUGGUGACAGCCAUUGCCGUGGUUCUGCUGACACAAUUGACUGUAAAUAUUAGCAUAGGUGAAGCAGCCAGCCAAAUACUGAACAAGGCGGAACCGCUGUUCAUCACCCGGUCGGAAGCAUUCAAAUUUGCCGUCGGCGAUACCAUCACGUUGCCCUGCGAAGUGUCCUCACCAGGAUCGUACGUGCUGGCGUGGAAACGCGGCAUCGCCAUACUGACAGCCGGUUCGGUGAAAGUGACGCCGGAUCCCAGAGUGCGGUUGGUCAACGGGUACACCCUUCAGAUUCUGGAUGCCACCGCUCAGGAUGCCGGAGAUUACAUCUGCCAGAUUGCAACCAUGAACCCGCGGGAGAUUACACAUCACGUGGAAAUUCUGGUACCACCCAAGAUUACGCACGUGACAUCCGGUGGACAUCUGCAGGUGCGCAAGGGUUCUCCGGUGCGGCUGGAGUGCUCGGCCACGGGGAAUCCGAUGCCCAAUAUAACGUGGACUCGGAAAAACAACCUGCUGCCAAACGGGGAGGAACAGUUCACGUCGUCGGUGUACGUUAUCGAGAACAUGGACCGGCACAAGGGUGGCACUUACAUCUGCACUGCCAACAACGGCGUUGGCCAGGUCGCCACCAGUCAGAUUAUUCUACACGUGCUCUAUCCACCCGAGAUAAGCGUCGAGAAUCCAAUCGUGUAUUCCGGCGAGGGCCAGGAAGCGAUGCUCGUGUGCAUUGUGCACGGCGAAUCACAACCGGAAGUACUGUGGCACAAGGACACGAUGCAGAUCGACCAAACGGAGCGGCACGUGAUCGAGAGCCGCGGGGCACGGCACACGCUAAUCAUUCGUAAGGUUCACCCGCAGGACUUCGGCAACUAUAGCUGCAUUGCGGACAAUCAGCUGGGCAAAACGCGAAAAACGGUUACCCUGACCGGCAAACCGAAGGCAGCCGUUUUCCGCUCGAUGCCCAACAGCCAGUGGAAGGAUCGGUACAACAUUUCCUGGAUCGUCGAUUCGCACUCACCGAUCGAGGAGUACAAGCUGUACUACCGGCUGGUCGACGGGGACAUCCUGCAGAACCACGACGGUCUCUACAUGGACAGCCGGAAGUCGCACCAUACGUACAUGGGUGGCAAUAUGCUGGAGUACGACCGGAAGAUAACCUCGUUCGAUGCCUACUCGUACAACAACGCGUACAAUGGCCACAAUCCGCACCACAAGUGGUCCAAGACGGACUGGCGGGACGUUGUGCUGCCGGCAUUCCCGUACUCCCAUCACUACACCCAGGGCAUGAGCUAUCUGCUGCGGGGACUCGAACCGGACCAGCAGUACGAAGCCCGGGUGCAAUCGAGGAACCGCUACGGAUGGAGUGAUUUCUCUGAAAGCUUUUUAUUCACCACGUCAAACACAGAUACUGAAAUCCGUGACCUAAGCGUAACACACCGUGGAUCUAAUGGAAGCCCAGGACUCCGGAGUCAAAUUAGUGGUCUGGGUUUGUCGACAGUCAUACUCCUAGCUACAGUAGCCACCAUAAUUUUUCGAUUAGGGUUUUGAAGCUGAUUGUUGGUGACAUAAGUGGAGCAAUCUUACCGACAGCCUACCCAACAAAGGAUCCAACAUCGGAAUCAGCAUCACCAACCCCAUACUUGUCAUCACCAUCGCUAGCAUCAUCAGCAUGAUCAUCAUCAAACCAGCAAGCAGCAUAUUUUCUGUCGGUAAUUACUGUUAUUGAAUUUCAAUUACAGAACGCAUUCGGUUUUUUUUUCGGAAUCAAUUAUCGAACGCAGCGAUGCGGUGAUUUUUUUCCUCCUUUGUAGGUAGAUUAUGGCUUCGUUUUGAUUGGGCAGGUAGUUUUGCAAACAGCGGGCAAUUUUGAUGAAUAUCUCUUCAUGCUCGAAUGGUUCAGUACACGAAUAUAGCAACAACCAAAAACAAAAUAAUGAAACCAAAAAGACUAUUUUUGAUAUGGCAGAAAACCGUUAAUUUAAAUGUGGACAAGAACAUUAUAUGAAACAGGCGAUGAAAGAGGCGAUAAUGUUAAUUCAUUUUUAAUUAAAUUUGAAUUCCUGCAAUGGGCGUACCGCUGAAGUGUUUUCCAUUCAGCCGUUGGCUUUAGCGUCGCGUGUAUUUCUCUUAGUUAAUGUCGAAGCUCAACCCACCGGGCCCGGUGAACGCCACCGAGAGUUAAUGGGGAAGUACCACACGGGAAAUGUGAAAAUUUGCGGUCGACAGUGACGAGUGGAGAGCCGCACGGGAUCGAAUUAAGGGCAAUUUGAAUGAAACUGAAUAAAAAAAAACACAACCUUCCGGAAGCGACCACGGCCAAAGGGUCGGUAAUUUAUUUCAAUUUAAUUUCAACUUCAUUUUCGCCUCACUGACAGCUUCUUCGCAUUGCGUUCGGUAGGCCGGAAAAUGAUAAUGACAGACUACUUCCACCACCACCAAUCUAGGUGAAGUGUGUGUGUGGCAUCCGAUUGUCGGGUACCGGUUUAUUUCAGACAACAGAGACGGUAUCCUAUCCCGACGGCGAAGGAACCCGAAGUCGAUGGCGCAGAAAGAUUUCCUCUGUCGGAAAAUACUAUUGGCAGACACAGACCUCCAUGGAAACAGGAUUAUAAAUAUUCAUCAUCUUCCUAAAAGUGAAAGGUUAUGAGCCGAAUCCGAGGAUUAUGUCAGCCCUGUUCUGUUUUAAUUGAGGAUUUGAAUAUUUAAUUCGAUACGUACGCGCUGCAUGAUUCCAUUCGCUACACAGUGUUAUUUCCGUAUCGGCGUAACUCUUUCCAAUGAUUGCAGCGUCAUACCGGAGAAGCCACACUUUGGCAUCCCAUUGAUGCAAUCACUUUAUUGGCAUUCAAUGGUUAAUCAAGCGUGCUCAAAAAAAAUUCCUGUUAUGACGGGCGGAACACAGAGAAAAUAAUUUGUUUUUUUCCCUGUCCCAUACCUUCCACCGAUCUCCGGGGGCUGCCAACGCGCAAAUACUCGCUGGAUCAGGUUUCGGGUUCUUUUUUUUUUUUUGUUCCCACACAAUAGAAACCCAUUUUUGUUUCCAUUCCCUGGUAAGCAAAAUUGCGGAACAUUCAUAAUAAGCGGCAACAUUCAUGAAAAUUGGCUGCGGCUCUAGUUUCUUCCGACAACAACAACCGAAAUGAUUCACAUACUCGUAUGGGUUGGUUCUAGCGGAGCUGCACUCAAAAUUGAAGAGGUUCUUCGAAGAGGGAAUUUUUUUUCGUACUUUUGUGAUAUAAUUUUAAUUUAAUGAGACUGCGUCUUUGUUUAUUAGGUUGGAUUAUUUGUUUGAUCGUUUGGACCAUGGAACUAUUAAUAACCCUUUUCUCCAGAAGGCAUAGAACCUCCUCAUCUUUUCUUCCAACUGAUCCAAAUGGUUUAUUGAAGCCCAUGACAAUCUUUCUAUAACUAAAAUGGUAGAAAAACAUGAAAUAAUCGUUUUAUUACUUUGCAAUGGUGAUGAAAUUCGAAAUUCUGAGAGCUACUAUUAAAUACUGGAAAUAUGUUUAUUGUAUCCGUAGUUGGUUCUAGCAAUCAGAAUUCAUAAAAAACGGUUGAGACAAAAGACUGUAACGAUGAAGAUCCAAACGCCACGAAAACAUUUAUACGAACAAAGAUGUGUUCCUGUUCAAUAAGUCAACAGCGAUAUGAAAGAUUCAAUCAAUCUACGUUUGAUAGUUGCAACACGAUCGAUGUCAAUGGACCGAGCUGAAAAUUCGAGCGUUGGUCGGACUAGGGCACGAUAAAUAGUCCCAAAGCCUAGGAAUGUGGAAGCCUAAAAGCUUCACAGGGGGUUUACAUUAAAGUACACUUUCCGAUUAAUAAAUUUCCCACGGAAAGAAUAUUCAGAAGCGUUUAAUAUUAUCCUGUUGGUGUGACACCAUUUGUUGAAUAUUUCCCGCUGAGCUUGCAAAAAAAAACAUGAAUCUUCUUCAGUUUUUGCAAUGACUGAGCGGCAACAUAUAUUGGAGAAGCCAAAUGAAUGAAAAACUUACAGAAAAUAUCAUUUUUUGGAAGAAGAUACGAUCAGAGACAGGACUCGAACCUGCGUUCUUGUGCAUUCCGUGCAUAUGCGCUACCAUUUCGCCACCCUAAGCCUUGUGAUAGACACAGCUCUAAAACACGACUAGGCAUGAUAAAGUAUACCCAAUUAAUAAAUCGAUGAAUAUUCUUAUUCCUUCAUCAGAUGAAAUAGUUUGAAUUCAUCAGUAAAUGACAGUUUUAAACAUUUUUCUAUGAAGUAAAGAUCAUUAAGAUAAAGAAAAUAUGUAAACGGUUCCAAAUGACUUCUUUGCGGUGCUCCUGAGUUAGUUGCAAAUGAAGCUAUGUUGCAAUUUACUAUUUUCGCUGACAUCUCACGACCAGUAAAAUACAAAUGCAUUCAAUGCAUUCAAUUCAGUGUGUUGAGUAUAACAGGAGGAUUUUUUUUCUAAUUACACCGAUAAAUCUAGGUGGAUAGCGACAACCAGUAGAUUGUAAAGAUCGGGGCAUCCAAAUGUCAAAGAUUCUAAUUUUGUACAUGUUAUUCGUUUGGACAUAAAUUUGAGUUGAGUUUCCGAAAUGUAGUCGUUGCGUUUUGUUUUACGCGGUCGAGAGCUAUUAUUAAAAAAAAACUUGGAG